UGAGUGUAAGCUAGUAACACAGUAGGAGUGACAUUAACGAAUCUAAGUACACUUUUCGGGCGUGUUCUUUUGGUGUUUUGCGUGCGAAUCAGUCGUCUGUUAACACGCUAGUUGUUAAGUGCUCAUGGAGUCCCUUCUUUCCAGUCUGUUCUCGGAAAAUGAGGAACUAUACAUUCUGGACUGUAUGGCUUACGUCAUGGUUUUCAUGGCAGCCUGCACUUUUGUGACUUUACUUUUCGAGAAUGUCCCAUACGGACGAUAUGCCUCCAGCAGAUAUGGAUUUCCGGUCAACGCCAAAUUUGCCUGGUUUAUUCAGGAGCUGCCUGCCAUCCUAGUGCCCUUGUGUCUGCUCCUGUGGACAUCUGCAGCCAAAACCUCACUGCUGCCCAAUCAGCUGCUCAUUGCCAUGUAUCUCUGUCACUAUGUCCAGAGAUCUCUUAUUUAUCCAUUUUUAAUAAGAGGAGGUAAACCAACACCAUUCAUCUCAUUCGCCCUGGCGUUUGUUUUCUGCAUCUAUAAUGGCUACAUGCAGAUCAGAUACCUGAGCCAUUACGCUGAGUACCCUGCAGACUGGGUUACACAUCCAUGCUUCAUUACAGGCUCUUUGCUGUGGUUGGUCGGUUGGCUGGUCAAUGUGCACUCCGACCACAUCCUGAGGAACCUGAGAAAGCCCGGAGAGACUGGCUACAAGAUUCCCACAGGCGGAAUGUUUGAGUAUGUGUCAGGAGCCAACUUCUUUGGAGAGAUAACAGAGUGGGCAGGCUUCGCUCUGGCCGGCCACUCUGUUCACAGUGUAGCCUUCUCCAUCUUUACCACAGUGGUUCUCGCCAGCAGGGCUGUGGCCCACCACAAAUGGUACCUUGCUAAGUUUGAAGACUACCCCAAAGGCAGGAAGGCGCUCUUUCCCUUUCUGUUCUAAAAACAAAAUACCGCAAGUACUGGAAGCCUUGAAGUUGACUUGAAGUUUGUGUUGGAGUCUGUGCAUUUCUAAGCUAACAGGAGCUAGUGUUUGCAAUGUGCAGCUGCUGUAGAGGAGCAGAAGAGAGGCACUGAAGAACUUUCACAGAAAAAGUGAUGUGACUCCUAUGUAGAAUCAGUUACUGUCAUCAUGGAUGUAGGGAACUGGGACAGAAAUGGAGCUGACAUCAACAAACAGCUGACUUCAAGCAAAAAACAGACU